GUAUCGGAGUGUGGCCGAAGCUGACACUGCUCCGACAUACCACGCAGUACGGUCCUACUGUACUUGUCCUAUCAUUUUAAUUUGGAGAAAGUAUUGAAUUAUGCCUUCCCUUUUAUAUCCCGCCCAUAGCCAAGUAAUGUCGGAAACGUCAAGCGUCGACGUGGAUGCGGACCGAGAUGGCAAAAAGAUGGGGGAGGGCCUCCGACAGCGCUCGCAACGUCUCAUUGUCCGCCUCCAGCAAAUGCAGAGGGAAAUGGAGUCUAAUGCAUCCAGCAACGACCUAUCGGCCAACCAGGUCGUUAAUCCGCUGCAGCCACAAAUUUGCUGGGCGGAAGCACGGCCACAUCCCAACCAAUCACAACCAUCUGCGCGGAGCAACAGCAGGCAGGCCAUUCCUUACGGUGUGCCAGUAUCCGCGCCAGCGCCGGUAGCUAUGCCCUUGCCCUAUCACGUAGCAUUCGCGACCUACCAGGCGACCAUGCAGAUUCCCUGCGUGCAACCACUUUCGCAUAUGCACGUCGUGUCUAGUCCCAGCCAUCGGCUAAUGGCGAAAAAGAAGUCGAAGCGGACGCUUCGAAAUGAGGUGGAGGCUCUUCAGGAUAUGGUCAAACAUCUUUCACACCUCUCCCCAGAUGUUAACGCGUAUGCCUGCCAGCUGAUACGUAAAAACGAGAUCCUUUCUCAGCUGGAGUGGAGUCAAACCAGGUCAGAAGCACAACCGCAACAGGUUGGGUACCAGGGUCGGCAUCGCCACGAUUCUGAGGUCUCAGCUACAAACAAUGGAAGUCAUGUACAGCAGCACCCAAAACUAGGACGAAGGCAACGCAAUCGCAAGAAAAACGAUGGAUCCGGUAGCAAUGGGACCCAAUCGCAAAAAACCGAACUAGAGGCCAUGCGGUCGUACAUAAACAAGAUUGUCCAACGUUACGUGGGCAUGGAUCACAAGUUGUCGGAAGACCUGAUUUUCAAAGGUAACUUCUCCGACCUGGAAGCGCAUGCGCAGAGACUAGUUGCUGCGGGUUAUGGGCGAAUUGUAGAAGAGGAAAUCCGGGUAAACCGGAAGAACAACAGACAGGCCUUUAUUAUCAUGUCCACAGAUCGAGAAGCACUCGAACGAGAUGGCAUCGUGCUCUUGCCAGUGGCCCGGCGCUAUGCCUUCGAAGGUGACAAAGUGCGUGCAUUCGUGCUAAACCCUGAUACCCAGGGCAGUUCAAAGACAGCUGAGCCCUCGUCUGGUGGAAUCACUGGUGGGAAGCCGUCUUUAUCUCUUGCGGAUGGUGAGGAGCUUUCGGACGAUACCGAGUCCCAGGGCUCUGAGUCCGAUACCGACAACGUGGUCGUCAUAUCGUCGGACAACUGCCCCAAAGCGUUUGUCAUAGCAAUAACUAAACAAACUGAGCUCCGCCAGAUCGUGGGAACCAUAUCGUUUACGAACCCCACCAAGCUUUGUGACGACCAGCUAUUCUACAAAUUCCGACCGUACGAUUUGCGUGUCCCCAUGGUCUACGUUCCGAAGGAUGCCUGUGCCGCCCACAUCGGAAACAAACAGCAAAUAGACGUGUCCGGCCUCUUAUACCUGGCCAAUAUACUCGAGACAGAUUGCAAUGGGCACUGCAUCGCUGAACUGAUCCAGCCGGUUGGACGCGUCGGUAAUUUGGACGACGAACUUAAGGCAAUUCUGUUUCAUAACGGUCUCCGGGAUAUAAAGCCAUUUGAGCAACGAUUUAACGACAUUUACUCCCAGCCGUCUCCUCCGAUAAGCCAAGACGAUCUCCAUCAGCGAAAAGACUUAAGAAAGAUGUGCAUAUUUACUAUAGAUCCGAUGACUGCUCGCGAUUUGGAUGACGCCGUUUCUAUAGAGAAGCUAGGCGACAAUGAAUAUGAGAUUGGCGUCCAUAUAUCCGAUGUUUCGCACUUCCUGAUAGAGGACAAUGAACUGGAUAACAUAGUGAAGGAACGCUCUACGUCUAUUUAUUUAGCCAACGAGGUAAUCCACAUGCUGCCUCAGUCUCUAUGCAUGCGAUGUUCCCUGCUCCCUGGGGAAGACAAGUUCGCUUUUUCCGUCUUCUGGCGGAUGAACGGGGAGGGAGUCAUGCUACAAAAGGAGCCAGAAUUUUGCCGCACAGUCAUUAACUCUUGCUCGCAAUUUGCUUAUGAACACGCUCAAAAGAUCAUCGACAACCCUAAUGAGCGGUUUACCGAGAACGACUUCCCGACCAUCCUGAAUGGAUUUAAUCCCGAUGAUAUCAGAAAUAGGGUACUGUGGCUUCACGAUAUUGCAAGCUCCAUACGUAAGACACGUUUAGACAACGGCGCACUAACAAUUAACAAUGCCAAGCUACGCUUCGUCCUCGAUCCAAUUAGUGGCGAACCGUUGUCAUUUGAAGUGGAGAAACAGCGAGAGGCUAACCGCCUGAUUGAAGAGUUUAUGCUUCUGGCCAACCAGGCAGUCGCCCGCUUUAUACACGAAUCUUUUCCUGAUAUCGCUGUACUGCGUAACCACCCUCCGCCACUUACUAAGUCCCUUAAAGCUUUACGGGAAAAGUUUCUUGCUCUGGGUUUCGAAUUGGACUACAGCUCGUCUAAGGCGCUCCAGGAGAGCAUGGUGCGUUUGUGCAAUGAGGCGCCCAAUCCUGUCGCAAUGAAUGCCUGCCUCAGCCAGCUUUUGAUGAAACCAAUGGCCCGUGCAACAUAUUUUUGCAGCGAGGGUAAAUCAGAACCGGCCGACCUGUGGCACUACGCCUUGUCCAUACCCAUAUACACUCACUUUACUAGCCCAAUCCGUCGGUAUCCUGAUAUUAUGGUGCACCGACUUUUGGCGGCGGGACUUAAAUAUUGUACACCGCCUAGACGUACCCCAGAUGAUCUGCACACCUUAACAAAAUUAGCUAAUGAGCGCAAGUACAAUGCAAAAAUGGCCGGAGACGACUCUGCUAACUUGUACUUCAAACGCUAUGUUCACAAUAAGCAGGGCAUAUACAUGCGUGCUGUGGUCAUUGAAAUAUUUCAGCAUAUGAUGAACGUAGUUACUUUAGAGUCGGGCCACGUUAUAAGCAUUAACUACAAAAUGCAAAAGGUCCUCGUAGACACACACGGCGCACCCAAUUACAUUCUUAUUGCCGAGCGAAACUUAAAGCAGUCACCUAGGAAGUUGCAGCUGCUUUCCGUGGUCCCCAUAUGUCUGAUCAUUUGGGAUAAAAAACUAACUGGAUUUUUAAAGAUGGGAGAACAUAUUUAGGCAAAAAAGGAGCAGAUGUAGUUCUUCCCGUAGGAACAACCCAAAGCAACAGCAGCGUGUUUUUUCAAUAUCCAAAACUGUUUAUAACUUUACACACAGAGGGGACAUUAGUUUUGUUUAAAAGAUUCCUUCCGUUUCAGCGUCGUUAAAUGAAAGAGUUAUGCAAAAUCGAAAAAUACCCCAAACUCACUCUUUUGAACCACAUUGUGGGUCCGAGCUUUAUGCUGGACAAAAAUUGACUCUGUGAUGCCUACAAUUUCGGUUUGCAUAUCAUAAGCUUGUAAAAAUGUAUGUACAUAUGUGCUAUGUAAAAUCAAGGCUUAACUGCUUAUCAAUAAAACAAUCAAGUUAACCGGAAA